UCUGUCGAAAAAUAGAAAAACAAAUAAUCGGAAUUUCGAAUGAAGGAAAUAUUAACUAAAAUAAUUUGUUUGAAGUUUAGUUUCGUCAUUUUUGAGUUGAUUUUGCAAUGAUUGGCACUUGACAAUGAAAUAAUUUAGUUUAAAUUGAUUAACAAUCGUGAUUGUCAUUUAUUGUGAAUUUGAAGGUAACAGAGAGCAUAAUGUCCUUGUUGCUUGAAGCACGUUUACGAAAAUACCUUGGCGCACGCGUUUUCCCUUUAAUAUGUGAAAGACAAUGUAGAUACUGUUGGUUUAAACUGAUGAAUUUAGAAUUUAGCGAAACAACAGAAUGAUGCUCGAUGUCGAGGUCACGUCGAAAUUAUUUACAAGGACUGGCAACGUUCCGUAUCCACUUUUUUUUCUUAAUUUCCCUUUCCAACAUUUUUCUCUUAUACUUUCGAUUAUUAUUUUUGUACCUAACAAUUUAUUAACAAAAAGUGUUAAACAGUGAAUUUAUUUUAAGACGUUUAGUGAACAUUUACUUUUUUAAUUUCCAGUUCUUUUGAUAAAUAACACGAGAGACAUAAUCCCUCGCACUUAUACUCAACACCCUUCUUCGUUCAGAUUCUAAUCUUAGCAGACUCCGAAAACUCAACUCGAGAUCAGUACAAAUUUGUUCUCCGCACGUUGAUUCAACUUUGUUAUGAAGUGAUCAAAAAAAAAAAUUUUCUUCUGGUGUAAAAAAUAGAAUUUCAAAAUUUUUCCCUACUGACUAAAGUGAUAAAAUUGGAUUUGACAAAUUGGAAUUCAACGCAAGAGGAAAAGAUUUUUUAAAUUAAAAAAUUUAACGAAAAGCAACAAUAUUAUUGAUUUGAAGAAAAUUAAAAAAUUAAAAGAAAUUUGAAAGAAACAAUGGCCUACAGUUGGGAUAAUCGUGUUAAUUUUAUAGUCAAAUUUCUUUACGAUAUUGAUAAUAAUGGAGUGCUGGAGCAACAUGAUUUUGAAUGUAUGGCUCUAAAAAUGACUGUGAUCGAAGGAAAAGGAGAAUUUCACUACAAUCGUUAUCAGGAAAAUUUACACAUAAUGCUUUCACUUUGGGAAGAAAUUGCCGAACUUGCCGAUUUCAAUAAGGAUGGAGUUGUGACGACGGAAGAAUUUAAGAAAGCUGUGCAAAUGAGUUGCGUUGGACGAUCGUAUCGAGAAUUUCCCCAAUCAAUGAAAAUGUUUAUCGACAGUCAUUUUAAAUUAGUUGAUUUGAACGAUGAUGGUGUAAUUGCUGCUGACGAAUUUCGCUACAAUUGUGUAUCGAGAAUUCCUGUAAACAGUGUUGAUAUUCUCGACGAAUCCUAUCAAAAUCUUUUAAAUGACGACGACAGAAGAAGAGGUGGAUUAACAUUAUCGAGAUAUCAAGAAUUAUAUGCCCAAUUUUUGGGUAAUCCGGACGAAAAUUGUCCAGCAGUUCAUCUUUUUGGUCCACUUCAUGAAUUAUGUUGAGUUUUAUUAUUUGUAAUCAAGUAAAAUAUAUAUCCAGUCCGCACGAAGAAAAGACAAAAAUUUUAACUAUAAAAAAAAUACCACCGUCAAAUAAAUUGAUAUAUUUUAGCUAAA